AUUCCUUUACUCAUAUGUCUUUGCAUUUCCCCAUUUAUUAUCUACAUUUAAGUGUAAUUAAUCCUUAAACAUUAUGAGUUUUCAAGAAACAUCAGAUAAGAGUCAGAGUAGCAUCUAAGAAGCACUGCCAGCAGGAGGCACGACACCAGUUGGUCCAAUUUCGCCACUAAAGCGUUAACAUCAUCCGUCUUCUCUCCCCUCCCACAACCUAUUUAAACAAAAAUCUGCCCUUAUCUAGAGUCUUUAUGAAGCCAGUUGCACACAGUCGGAAGUGACAGGCUUAUCAAGAGACGUGAUGGCUUUGGCAGAUCCCGAGUGUGGAAUAUCAAACGGCGCGGAUUCCGCCUCCCCGUUUUCUAACAUUAUUGAACUAAAUGUGGGAGGACAAGUGUAUGUGACACGGCACACGACUUUAAUAGCCGUACCGGAUUCUCUUCUGUGGGACAUGUUUAGUAAGAAAACACCGACAGAGCUGGCACGGGACAGCAAAGGUCGCUUCUUUCUGGACAGGGACGGCUUUCUUUUCCGAUACAUUUUAGACUACCUACGGGAUUUAAAUCUGGUUUUGCCUGACUAUUUUCCAGAGAAGAGCAGAUUACAGCGGGAGGCUGAGUUUUUUCAGCUGCGGGACCUGUCCAAGCUCUUGAGUCCCAAUAUGAGUAAAGACAACUCCAUCACCGAUGAGAUCUGCCAGAGUGACUCGGAGGAACCGAGCGCGCCUCCGCUUCUGGCACCCGACGCCUCGCGCACAGUGUCCGUCGCUGUCACCGCUCACUCGCCCUCCCUUGAGUCCAAAAAGUCGGGCUACAUCACAGUCGGUUACCGGGGCUCAUACACAAUCGGAAGAGACAUUCAGACAGACGCCAAAUUCAGGCGAGUCGCGAGGAUCACGGUGUGCGGGAAGACCUCUCUGGCUAAGGAGGUGUUCGGAGACACUUUGAACGAGAGCAGAGACCCGGACCGUCCUCCGGAGAGGUACACAUCGCGCUAUUAUCUGAAGUACAAUUUUCUCGAGCAGGCGUUUGACAAACUGUCAGAGUUUGGCUUCCAUAUGGUCGCGUGCAGCUCCACUGGCACGUGCGCUUACUCUAGCAACGACCCAAACGAGGACAAAACCUGGACAAGCUACACAGAGUAUGUUUUCUGUCGAGAAUAAGCCAAAAUGUGUCGCAUUUAAGCGUGUACAGUAUAUAGGCAUUCCACUACAAGAGUAAAGUUUCAGCCGUGUUGGAGAGGUGUAGCCUAUUGGAGUUAUUCUCAUUCAUAAAUUUCUAGUUGUGUGCCUAAUAGGAUUGGCUGUUUACUCCGAGACCUUUUAAUAGCCUACUACAUGUAUUACUAGUAUUAACACACGCAGAUUAACUAGCUAUCAUUGCACUUCUCUUCAUUGCUUAGUUUUGUUUGCAGAUAAAGUCAUAUUCAGAUUUGAGGGCCUGUUUGUAAAAAGUCCCAGAUGUGUUUUGUACUUGCAUGCAUUUUAAUAAAUAGUUUUCUUCCCGGAUCAAUGAUUUAACGGACGAGUCCACUUGGAGGAAAUUUAAAGUCUGUUACUGACACAUUAGGUAACAUUUUGGAAAUACUGUGUCAUUCAGCAUCCUUUGUGUUCAUCAGACUGGUAGAUCUCAAUUACACUUUUCCUUCAAGUUCAGUUUCAUCUUUUCACUGUGAUUAAUCCACUAAAACCGAAAAGUUUAAUUGCUGCCUUAAUAUCUUUAGUAAAAUUAAAGUGGUGCCAAAGUUACCCGAGUUGAUUCAUUGCACUUUUUUGACCACUUUAAAUUUCAGUAAAGAUUGAGAAAAUGGAGUGUAACCUCUCAGAAUUUAAAAUCGAAAGAAACUACAGCUUUUUUAAAGUGAAUUACUCUUUUUACUGCAUACAACUGUAUUGUAUUGAAUUUUGCACAUUUUUUGUUUGGGCGAAGAGUGGGAAUUUUUUUUUCGUCUUAGGUUUACUGUUUCUAUGUCUGUAUUACAAGUGAAAUCUCUCCUUUUUUCCCAGUAUUGUAAGCAUCUUACAUCUGUUGUCUGUUUAAAAACUGAUCAUUCAAUAAAUUGUAAUCUGUCAUAAUC